GUAAUUGUUGUAGGUACAAUAAAUAACUAUGGUUUGUAAUAAAUAAUUACAUACAACGAGUUCGUUUAAAUUUAAAUAUAAAUUUAUUUUUCGUUCGUUUCAGCAGUACAAUUGUAUCAUUUAAUGGUACCUUAUUAGUUAGUACUCAUUAUGUAAACACUAAAUAUCGGACCUGCCGUAUUAUUGUGUUGGUCUUCGUCUGUAGAUAUUGAUAUUCGGACUUAUAAGUAUGACUAAUACUAUGGAAGCUGCUGAGUUUUUUGGAGUCAUCAAAACUUAUCAUGAACACAUUAAUGAUGACUUCGAACAACCUCAGAUUGUUAUUCCAACACUUAGAUCUUACCAGCGAAGAGCUGUAAAAUGGAUGAUUGAUAAAGAAAUAAACAAUGAUCUGGUAAAAUGUGAUGGGUCUCCAUUUAGUGGAGGCAUUUUAGCUGAUGAAAUGGGCCUCGGAAAAACUGUUGAAAUGAUAUGUUGCAUUAUGAAAAAUCCAGCACCUCCUGAAUUCCAUAACCAAAAUAUUUUGGUUAAAGAUUGUAUACAAAAACCAUUGAUUCAAAGGCCAUCCAAAUCAUCAACAAGCAAAUAUAUAGCAUAUACCAGUGACAAAGAUCUUAAAAUAAAAUCAACAAGUAAUUCUCGUAGUUCGCUUGAAAAUUGGUAUAAAAAUGUACUAAGUGAAAUGAGUACGGUACCAAAGAAAGCUAUAAUUAGUAAUUUUGAUGAAGAUACUCAUAUUGUUACAUGUUAUUGUAAAGAAACACCACCAAAAAGUAUCUUAGUGUAUUGUGCAAUGUGUGGUAAAGGUCAGCAUGCACAGUGUGUUCAUUUUGAACCAAAACCAUUUCAAGAAGUGCCAUUUUUGUGUUCUAAUUGUUGGAUUUUAAAUGAUAAAUUGCAAUGCAAGGCUACUUUGAUUGUUGUACCACCAUCUAUUUUGAACCAGUGGAUUGACGAGAUAGAAAAACAUAUUGCAAAACCUGGUUUAAAAGUUUAUGUUUACAAUGGUGUGUAUUCUGAUGGUUAUAUUCAACCUUAUUCUUUCAGAGACUAUGAUAUAGUUUUAACUUCUUAUAAUACUCUCUCAAGAGAUUUAAACUAUGUUGCAGAUAAUUUAGAAAAUCCAAACUGUACUCGUUCGCUGCGACAUUCAAAAAAAUACAAUUAUCCUCAGUCACCAUUACCUUGCAUUAAAUGGUGGCGAAUAUGUUUGGAUGAAGGUCAAUUAAUUGAGAAUACAUGUAACAAAGUAUGUGGUAUGACACUAAAUCUAACAUCUGUGCAUAAAUGGGCCAUGACUGGUACGCCAAUUCAAAAAUCACUAAAUGAUCUUUACGGCAUUUUAUUGUUCCUACAAGUAAGUCCUUACUGCAUCGAAAAACAAUUUCAGCAACUAAUGAAGGGUGAAAAAACUAUUAUGUAUGAAUAUUUUUCAAAAUUGAUAUGGCGUAGUUCAAUGGAGAAUGUCCAUUCAGAAUUGAACUUGCCUAAACUAACUAAAGAACAGCAUUGGCUAACAUUUUCACAGAUUGAAAAAUAUUUUUACUUUAACCAACAUGAUCUUUGUGCUUCAAUGUUUUCUGACAUUGCAACCAGGGUAUUUCCAUCCUUGGAUAUAUCAGUAAAAAAUAUUGACAAGAAAAAUAUUUAUAAUAUCAUUAGACCAUUAUAUAAGCUUAGACAAGCUUGUGUGCAUCCUCAAGCUGUGAACGGACAGUUUUUAAAAAUAAAAGGAACAAUGACAAUGGAAAAAUUAAUGGAUGUAAUGAUAGAUCAAUGCCGUGUUCACUGUAAUGAUACAUUACGUUCACUUGUUUCUCUGCACAAUGCACUUGCUGGAUUAUAUCUUAUUCGUGCAGAACCUGAAAACGCUGUUGAACAGUAUAGGACAGUAUUAGGAUUAAUGGAUAAAUAUAAAGAUAAACAACUAAAAAUAGAUACAGUUCAGAAAAUCCAUGUUAUGUAUAAUUUGGCCACUGUAAUUGAAGAAAAUACUUUUUUAACGAAAAAGUUAAGUGACUCAAACUUAAAAAGUGAUAUGGAAUUACUCGAAAAAGAAUAUCUUGGGGCUAGUCAGCAAAACGUUGAAUCAACUCGUAAAACUGUACAAUUUUAUUCCGAUAAAGUAGCUAAAAUCAUUGGGAAUAAAACACUAGGCUAUUCAAAUUGGUGGUCAGACAUGUUAGAUUGGAUUUUUUCACCAAAUGACUUUUUAUCUAAAGUACAAAUGGAGUUGGAGGAUUAUCGUGUGCCUGGUGUUCCAAAUAUUGCAAACAGAUUGAAGUCUGUUGGCGAUGUUUAUAAUGUUCUUAGCGUUUGGCUUACUGACUUAAAUAUAGGUAGAAACAGAACAAUAUCUAUGCUAAAAACAUUAGAAGAAACACCCAUGAAUGACUUGGUUCAAAAAGCAUUAAUAUGUCAUCUACGUUUAAAAUCAAAAAAGGCAAAUCCAAAAUACUGGUGUUUAUUAUGUAAUGCUGAAAUGUGCCUACAAUCGUAUGAAUCAUUAUUGUUUAGUGUUUCUAAUAAACAAAAGAAUAUGUUAAUUGAUAAAACUGAAGAAAAUGAUCAAGAAACUAUGUAUGAAAGUACUAGUAAAGGUCUCUGGAAGAUGUCUCAAAAAGAAUUUUUACUUAUGAAACUAUAUCAAUAUGGACAAGCCAAAAUAAUAAAUAAAAGCUGUUUGGAAGAUGCAGCUGAACACAUAAAGGUACUAGAGUUAGUACGUAAAGAAUUCCGUUAUUUACGGUUGUUAUGGACUCAUCUUAGUGAUAGUCUUUCUACUCAUGAUGAGAUAGUGAUGGCAAAAUCAAGGUUGAAACUUGAGAAUACUUGUCCCCUAGUAACUGACGAAGAUGGUCCAUCAAAAAAAAAGGCUAAAAAAAAAAAUGAAAAUGACAUUAUUAUGGAACAAUAUGUGGAUUUUAAUGUGAUGUCAAUGAAGUCAGACAUUCCAAUUACUAUGACUGUCUUAGAAAGAGAUAUAGGAAAGCUACUUUAUCUAGAAAAUUUAAAAAAAGAAAAAGAAAACUCUACUGAAAUUGAUACAUGUCCAAUUUGUUGUCUGAAUGGUGAAGCAGGAUGGGCAGUAUUAUUAUGUGGCCAUAGUGUGUGUAACCAGUGCUUAGCAUCCAUGUGUAAUCAUUCAGAAGCUUUUGAUAUAGCUUGUCCCAUGUGUAGAACCAAUACUCCAAUGGAUUCUGUAUCUUAUGUGAAAAAUAACCGAGAAGGUGAAGUGUCAAACAUCAAAGGUUCCUUUUCUACUAAAAUAGAAAGUGUGACUUUAAAACUGAUGGAAUUGACUCAGCAGGAUCCAAAUGUGAAAGUUUUAAUAUUCUCAAAUUGGGAUAAAGCAUUAAAUCUUCUUGGAGAAGCUUUAACACAAAAUUCAAUCAAUUUUAAAAUACUAAAAUCUGGAUCUACGUACAAAAAAACCUUAAAAGAUUUUAAAGCAAAUAAUAAAAUAAAUGCAUUAUUAAUGAAAUUAAGCGUGGGUUCAAAGGGACUGAAUUUAACUGAAGCAACAAGAAUAUUUUUCAUGGAGCCAAUAAUUAACAAAGCUGAUGAACUUCAAGCCAUAGGGAGAAUUCAUAGAAUAGGACAAACCAAACCCACAUUUGUUCAUCACUUUAUUAUUCGAAAUUCUAUUGAAGAAAACAUCACAAAUGUAUUUUCUGAUGCCAUGUUUGAUAGAUGGGAUGAUAUCACUCUUUCUCAACUAAUAAAAGUAUUCGAAAAAAAUGAAUCUAAUGAUAUAUUAUAAAAAAAAAAAAUUUAAAAAAUAGAACCAAAUAAUGACACUGUAAUUUAAAUAUUUAAUUAUUAUUCUUCUUAUCUAUUGCUAAUUUUAUUUUUAUAUGUAAAAGGUACACUUUACUGAUACCUUUAGUAUUUCUAAGUUAGCUUUACUUUUUUGUUUAUAAGAAUUAAUAUUAUAAUAUAUUUUGAUAAGAAAAUUUGUUUUUUUCCUACAGUGAUAAUAAUUUUUAAGAUUUGUAUAUAUAUUUUUUAGCUGAAUUUAAAUGUAUUUUACUUUUAAAUUAAAAUUAAAUAUAAUUUUACAUACUAGUGUAAAUAUAUAAAUGACACAAAUCGCUUUUUUUAUUUUAUAUCGUAUGAUAAAAGUUUGGUUGUCUUUGUCACAUGAGCUAUUAUUAAAAAGGACUAUUUAACUGCAUAUCAUUUUGUGAAAACAAUUAAUGACUCGUUUUUAGUUUCUUACAAAGGAUAAUAGUUUCGAAAAUAAAUAUAGAUUUUUCCAAUACUUAUAGUAAGGAUAAUUUGAAUAAAUUAUAGACUAUUUAUAAAAAAAAAUUAAAAUUAUAAAUGUUUUUUUGAUUGACAAUGAAUCAAUUAGGAUUGUAAAAUAUAUUUGUUUUCAUAACUAUUGUCAGAUUACAAGUUAAGUUAAAUCUAGAAUGAUUAGUUAUUUGCUUACAACAAUGCUGACAUAACUUUUAAUGUAUAUUAAUUAAAAUAUAUUUGUUUGGAAAAUAUAAAUUUAUUUAAAAUGCAUA